GGUGCGGUGCGGAGCGGAGCGGAGCGGCGCGGGGCGGGGCGGUGCGGCGCGGAGCGGUGCGGUGCGGCGCGGAGCGGUGCGGUGCGGCGCGGCGCGGCGCGGCGCGGUGCGGUGCUGAUCCUCGGUGAGAGAGCGGCCCCGGUUCCCUAGGACAUCAUGGUAGCCCAUCAGGAGAAAAAACUUGCUGAAGAAAUAAAACACCAAAACAUGCAAAAUUAUAAAGCAUCUCAAGGCCAGUGGGGAAGAGCAUGGGAGGUGGACUGGUUUUCCCUGGCAAGCAUCCUUUUCCUGCUUAUGUUUGCACCACUGAUUGUGUAUUACUUCAUCAUGUCCUGUGCCCAGUACCAGUGCUCUCUGACUGAUCCACUGCUGGACUUGCUCACAGGGAAUAAGCAUCUGUCUGAAAUCUGGAACAGGACUCCCAUGCUUACCUAUAAGGCUGCUGCCAUUUAUUCCAUUUGGGUCGCUUUCCAGGUGUUUUUGUACGUGUCCAUUCCUGAUUUCUGCCAUAAAUUUCUCUCUGGAUAUGUAGGAGGUGUACAAGAAGGUGCUAUCACCCCUGCUGGUGUCAUGAAUAAAUAUGAAAUCAAUGGACUUCAGGCCUGGAUCGUUACCCAUGUGCUUUGGUUUGCAAAUGCUUCUUACUUCCACUUCUUCUCACCUACCAUCAUUUUUGACAACUGGAUUCCUCUCCUGUGGUGUGCCAAUAUCUUGGGAUAUGCAGUGUCCACCUUUGCAAUGAUCAAAGGCUACUUUUUCCCUACCAAUGCAAAAGACUGCAAAUUCACUGGCAACUUUUUUUAUGACUAUAUGAUGGGGAUUGAAUUUAACCCUCGAAUAGGGAAGUGGUUUGAUUUCAAGCUGUUCUUCAAUGGGCGCCCUGGGAUUGUGGCCUGGACUCUAAUCAACCUUUCCUUUGCUGCCAAACAACAGGAGCUGUACGGUGAAGUGACAAACUCCAUGAUCCUUGUCAAUGUGCUCCAGGGUAUUUAUGUUCUGGACUUCUUUUGGAAUGAAGCCUGGUACUUGAAAACCAUUGAUAUCUGCCAUGAUCAUUUUGGAUGGUAUUUGGGCUGGGGAGACUGUGUUUGGUUGCCUUAUCUCUACACUUUGCAGGGUCUGUACUUGGUUUACCACCCUGUCCAGCUGUGCACAGCUCAUGCUGUAGGGGUCCUGACGUUGGGCUUGCUGGGUUAUUUCAUCUUCAGAAUGACCAACCACCAGAAGGACCUGUUCCGUCGCACCAACGGCAACUGCAGGAUCUGGGGGAAGAAGCCGGAGUACAUCGAGUGCUCCUACACGUCUGUGGAUGGCACCAAGUACUACAGCAAGCUGAUGACCUCGGGAUUUUGGGGCUGGGCACGUCAUUUCAACUACACAGGAGACCUGAUGGGCUCGCUGGCCUAUUGCCUGGCUUGUGGCUUUGAGCACAUACUGCCUUACUUCUACAUCAUUUACAUGACCAUUCUGCUCACCCACCGCUGCAUCAGGGACGAGCACCGUUGCAGCAGCAAGUAUGGGGAGGACUGGAAGCGCUACACUGCUGCAGUGCCCUACCGGCUCCUACCCAGGAUAUUUUAAGGCUAACCCAGGAUGCAGGGGAAGGAAGAAAGAAGAAAUAUGCAAGCACGCCAUGUUUAAAGUAACUGAAGUGAGGCCCUGAUCUGCCCCAUUUUUUUAGAAGACUCUUUCAAUUGGAUUAUCCCUCUGAAUCACCCCAUUUCCAAAUUAACUUGGAGUUUAAGAAAAGAUGCAUGUAUUGAGACUCCUGAGAAAUCCCAAAGCUGGGAGUUGGCCUUACCCUUGAUGUUAGCAGGGUUCUGGAAGCAGUUUGCAGUGCUUCAGGAGAGAAGAAAAGAGUUCUGUCAUCUCUUUAGGAAAGAAGUUUUCUGAUGCAGCUGCUUGUGGCCAUUAGAACCUGCAAUUGAGAACAGCUGCAAAGGAGGUUUGAUUGUUGAUUUCUUGUCAAAGAUGAACGGUGGAAAGAAACUGGUUUGAAAUAACUUAUCAUCUAAAACAAAAGUGAAAACUUAUAAAUUAGUGCAGUUUUCAGCACCUGACAAUAGAGAACAUGACCAACUGAGUUUUAUUUUGCUACUGAAACCAGACUUUGUGAAGCUACUGAGCUGAGCUACUUGGACUGGAGUAGUUAAUUUUUUUCCUAGUAGCUGGUAUGGGCAUAGUUUUGGAUUUGAACUGAGACAGUGUUGAUAACACAGGGAUGUUUUCACUACACCUGAGCAGUGUUUACACAUCAUCAAGGCCUUUUUUUGCAUCUCACCCCACCCACCAGGGAGUGGGCUGCGUGAGCACAAGAAGCUGGGAGGGGACAAGGGCAAGACAGCUGACCCCAACUGACCCAAGGAAUAUCCCAGGCCAUAUGGCAUCAUGCUCAGUAUAUAAAGCCAGAGGAAGAAGGAAGUGGGGGAUGUCAGGAGUGAUGGUAUUUGUCAUUCCAAAUCACCAUUACAUGUGGUGGAGCCCUGCUUUCCUGGAGAUGGCUGAGCAUCUGCCUGCAGGUGGCAAGUGGGGAGUAGAUCCCUUAUUGUGCUUUGUUUGUGUGCAGUUUUUCCUUUACCUAUUAAACCAUGUUUAUCUCAA